UUAAGGAGUUGAAGUAGAUCUGUGUAGUUGAGUUCCAUCAUCUCUUAAAUUGAGUCCAAUCCUCUGUUAAUUUUCUCCCUAUUGUUAGUGAGCCUUCCUUCUCUAUUGAAACUUUAACAUGGAAGAACUGAUGACGGCAGAAGAAUAUUGGGAAAAAAAAAUUUGGGAAAAAAAAUUUGGGGAAAAAAAUUUUUGGGAAAAAAUUAGGGAAAAAUAUAGGGAAAAAUAUUGGGACAGUUAUCUCUGGUAUCCGUCUUUUGACAAAGCCUAUAGAGAAUAUUGGGACAGUGGGCCAAAUUAUUUCGACCGUAUGCGAAAUUAUCUCGCCGUGAAGGAUGUAUAUCUCGACAGCAAGCAAGAUUACCUCGAAAAGAAGGUAUGGCAUCACUGGUCCAGAGAAGCCAGAGAAAGAGAAAUUCUCGACCUAAAAAAAAGAUUUCUCGCCGUAAAAAAAGAUUUUUUGACCCGGAAGCGGGAGUAUGUGAGGACUUUAGAAGAUUAUGAAGUGUGGGAACGAGAUGCCAAGGUGCAAGAUUUCCACAGCAUCAGGGAAUUUUUUCUCGCCCGCACUGCUUCACGUACCUCCUUAGACCCUGAUUUUUUCAGGAAUGAUGUGUUUCUGAGUUUUAGAGGACCAGACGUGAGAAAUACUCUGGUCAAUCGUCUCUCUGAAGCUCUCUCCAAAGCCGGAUUGCGUGUCUUUUUAGACAGCAAGAGUUUGAACAAGGGAGCAAAAAUUUGGCCAUCGUUGGAAAGCGCAAUCGGGAGCAGCGCCAUACGUAUUCCUGUAUUUUCAGAAGGCUAUGCAGACUCAACAUGGUGUCUGAAGGAGGCCGCUGAAAUGUUGAAAACCCCAGGCUUGAUCGUUCCUCUGUUUUAUGAUAUGGAUCCAAGUGACGUUAGAUAUCCUCUCAAGAACUCCAGUCCGUACAAGAAGGCAUUUACAAAACAUUAUGCCCAUCCAGAUCGGCAGCCAAAAGAAGAGAUUGACCGGUGGAAGAUUAGCCUUGGGGAGAUCUGCUCUCGUUCAGGCUGGGCCAUGGGUAUUACAGAAGACUCCGAAGUUGAAGUAGAGAGGAUAGUGAAGGAUGUGAUUGACAUGCUCCAUUUUCACUAGGCAAAAGAAAUUUUGGAGUUGGGCAAGAUUAUUGGGAAACCAAAAUCAACAUUUUUGUAUCAGUUAUCAAAUUUUAAUGUAAAUUCAAUUUAUUAUAUAAAAA